CGUUCCAACGGGCAGAGCUGUAGGAAAACGAUCGCUGGCGUUCCAAUGGGGGAAGCGCAGAGGGUCCCGGUGGAUCCCGGAUGCCGUCGGAGGUGCCUGUGCUGAGCUGAAAGAUCUGACGGCUUCUGCAUCGGGAGGCCCUGCGGGGGGCAAAGCGCGCGGGGUAGGUUUCUCAAGGCUGCGGCAGCCAGCAACUGCAACGUAGACCCGGCGAAGAGCUGUGGAGGUUCCGGCAACAGCCGCGACCGCACCGCCCCCCGAGUUUGCAGCGUGUUUGGAAAAUGUGGCCGCGAGCAGCGGUCCUCCGGCAGCGGUAGCGUUUGCUGCUCGGGCAAACGCCGUUUCCCUCCUUCGGACGGCUUCGGUCCUCUCGCCCUGGCGUGGGUGCAAGCAGCCCUCGGUGCAAGAGCUUCCUUAAGACCCUUUUUCCGCCUGCUUCCAGAGUUGACAACAUUGGCUUCCUGAUGUCUGCGGAUCCCGAGCAGCGUAAAAACGGCUCUCUUGGAGGCUAAUUCUAUUUUAUUUUAUUUUUUUUUGCAUUUUGCUGGAUACAUUUCUCAACGUUGAUGGUGGUUCUGCCCUUGCGAUUUAAGGUGCUUGCUUUUUUUUCCUUUUUUUUUUUUUUAAAGGAAAGGUUUUCCCUUCCUGGACGUUUCUCUUCCAGCUGAUUUGCUUUUCGCCGUAAGCCUGGCUUUGGACGGACUCUGGGAAAUCAUGGGGCUGCCUGCCUUGGAGUUUAGUGACUGCUGUUUGGACAGCCCCCAGUUCCGAGAAAGGCUAAAGUCUCACGAAGCUGAGCUGGACAAGACCAACAAGUUCAUCAAGGAGCUGAUCAAGGAUGGAAAGGCACUCAUUGUGGCCCUUAAAAAUUUGUCUUCAGCAAAACGGAAAUUUGCAGACUCCUUGAAUGAUUUCAAAUUUCAAUGUAUAGGCGAUGCAGAAACAGAUGAUGAAAUAUGUAUAGCAAAAUCCCUGCAAGAAUUUGCUACUGUUCUAAGGAACCUAGAAGAUGAGCGCAUACGAAUGAUUGAAAAUGCUAGUGAAGUCCUAAUCACACCUCUGGAGAAAUUUCGAAAAGAACAAAUUGGUGCUGCUAAGGAAGCCAGGAAGAAGUAUGACAAGGAGACUGAGAAAUACUGUGGAAUAUUAGAAAAGCACUUAAAUCUGUCUUCCAAGAAGAAAGAAUCUCAGCUUCAAGAGGCAGACACCCAGGUGGACCUGGUCAGGCAGCACUUUUAUGAAGUUUCUCUUGAGUAUGUCUUCAAAGUACAAGAAGUUCAGGAGAGAAAGAUGUUUGAGUUUGUGGAACCACUGCUGGCAUUUCUGCAAGGGCUGUUCACAUUCUACCAUCAUGGCUAUGAGCUUGCAAAGGAUUUCAGUGAUUUCAAGACAGAGCUGACAAUCAGUAUACAAAAUACAAGAAACCGUUUUGAAGGCACCCGGUCAGAAGUUGAAUCCUUGAUGAAGAAAAUGAAGGAGAAUCCUCAUGAGCACAAAAACAUCAGCCCCUUCACCAUGGAGGGCUACCUUUACGUUCAGGAAAAGCGUCAUUUUGGGACAUCCUGGGUAAAGCAUUACUGCACAUAUCACAGUGAAUCCAAACGAAUAACGAUGGUGCCAUUUGACCAGAAGUCUGGUGGAAAGGGGGGAGAAGACGAAGCUGUUAUUCUCAAAUCUUGCACUCGACGGAAGACUGAUUCCAUAGAGAAGAGAUUCUGCUUUGAUGUAGAAGCUGUGGAUCGGCCAGGAGUGAUUACAAUGCAGGCACUUUCUGAAGAAGAUCGAAGGCUGUGGAUGGAAGCAAUGGAUGGCCGAGAACCAGUAUACAACUCAAAUAAGGACAACCAAAAUGAAGGCAUGGCCCAGUUGGAUAAUAUGGGUUUCAGCAUCGUCAAGAAAUGUAUCCAUGCCGUUGAAUCGAGAGGGAUCAACGAACAAGGACUUUACAGAAUAGUUGGGGUCAACUCCAGAGUUCAAAAGCUAUUGAGUAUCUUAAUGGAUCCCAAAACUGCUGAGACUGAAGAUGACAUCUGUGCAGAAUGGGAAGUUAAAACGAUCACCAGUGCACUGAAAACAUACUUAAGAAUGCUCCCUGGGCCACUCAUGAUGUAUCAGUUUCAAAGAAGCUUCAUCAAAGCAGCAAAACUGGAAAAUCAAGAAUCCAGAAUUUCAGAGAUCCAUAGCUUAGUGCACAGACUUCCAGAGAAAAAUAGACAGAUGCUCCAUUUACUCAUGAAUCACUUGGCAAAUGUUGCUGAAAACCACAAACAGAAUCUUAUGACUGUCGCCAAUCUGGGAGUUGUUUUUGGACCAACAUUAAUGCGACCACAAGAAGAAACAGUUGCUGCAAUUAUGGACAUCAAGUUUCAAAAUAUUGUAGUUGAGAUUUUAAUAGAAAACCACGAAAAGAUAUUUAACACAGUGCCUGAUACUCUACAGUCAAAUUCUCAGUUGCUCUUAUCUCGGAAAAAAAGUACAGAUUCAAAGCCACCAUCCUGCAGUGAGAGGCCCUUAACACUUUUUCAUACACUGCAACACAAUGAAAAGCAGGAAAACAGAAACAGUAUAAUUAAUUCCAGCCUAGAAUCGGUCAUAUCAUCAUCAAACAUCAACAGUUUGCUCCAGUCCAGUAAUGCUGUUCAGACUAACAAAAACUCAACUGAAUCUAAUGCAGAAGUCAUCAAACCCAACCGGCCUAAUUCACUAGUCCCCCCUGCUCCAACAGAGGCCUCUGGAGAUACACCUACUUCACAUCAAACAUCUGGGGAAAUGGCAGCGUUGACAAGUGAUGCUGAGCUCAACAACCCUUGACGUGGACUGCCUAGGAAUUGUACUGUGUCCAUAAAUGUUGAGUGCAUUACAUUCAGAGGAACUGUAAAAACGUGCAAAACAGUACACUUUCCCAUUUACAUGUUCAAGAAAAAAACAGAAAGCAGAAUAACAGAGUUGGAAGGGACCUUAGAGGUCUUCUAAUCCAACCCCCUGCUCAGGGCAGGAAACCCUACACCAUUUCAGACAAAUGGUUAUCCAACAUCUUCUUAAAAACUUCCAGUGUUGGAGCAUUUACAACUUCUGGAGGCAAGCUGUUUCACUGAUUCAAACUGUCAGGAAAUUUCUCCUUAGUUCUAAGCUGCUUCUCUCCUUGAUUAGUUUUCAACCAUUGCUUCUUGUCCUGCCCUCGGGUGCUUUGGAGAAUAGCUUGACUCCCUCUUCUUUGCCGCAGCCCCUGAGAUAUUGGAAGUGAACCCUAAAUUUUUAUUAGCCCAUCCAGCAAAAAUGGUGCUACACCAGUGGUGAAAUUCAAAUUUUGUUACUACCGGUUCUGUGGGUGUGGCUUGGUGGGCAUGGUGGGCGUGGCUUGGUGAGCAUGGUGGGAUAGGAUAUUGCAAAAUCUCCAUUCCCACCCCACUCUGGGGCCAGCCAGAGGUGGCAUUUGCUGGUUCUCCAAACUACUCAAAAUUUCUGCUACUGGUUUUCCAGAAUCUGUCAGAACCUGCUGGAUUUCACCCCUGUGCUACACCAAUAAAGAUAUAUUCUAGUUACCAUCACCUGAAAAAUAAAGGAAGGAAAAGUUAAAAAUUGAUCUUUGCAUCAAAUUAGUUGAGCCUAUAUAUUUUUACUGAAAAAUGGGAAUGAAAGGCAAACAAAAAGUUGAAUAGAUGUCACUAUGCCAGCUUAGUUUGCUUCCCACAUCCCCUCAUCUUUGAUGUAAAUCCUGAUAGGCUUUGUGACUAAGCUCUUAAUACAGAAAUCUGUUAUACCUUUUAAGGAUAUAAUUACCAGCUUUGCUUAUUAUAUGCUUUUAGUUAAGACUGGGAUUCUUGUGUGAGUCUGCUCCCAAGCUUUUUGAUUGUGUCAAGGAAUUGAGAUCCAUCUCUGGAAGUUUUUAAGAAGAGAUUGAACAGCUAUUUGUCCGGAAUGGUGUAGGGUCUCCUGCCUGAGCAGGGGGUUGGACUAGAAGACCUCCAAGGUCUCUUCCAACUCUGCUAUUCUGUAUUUUACAUUCUAAUCUUUUAAAUAAUAAUAAUAAAAAGAAUUAGCAAUACAACAAGAACUCAAGAAUGUGUGUUUUUUGGUAAAAAUAACAGACAAAAAUUGUAAUUGGGACUGAUGCACUGAAUCUCACCAAAGCCAAACUAAACCUAACAAAUGGAGGAGGGUUGUAAUAAUAUAAUAACCGCGGGGCCCCCAUACAUGGUUUUGGGGUAGGUUUGUUUUAUUCUCCCUUCGAAACGUGAUUUAAUUGAUAAAUAUAUAACUACGGGUAUUUCUAAAAUGGUGGAGCAGCUAGUGUGCAGGGAGCAAUCCUCAAAGAUGAAGAUUGUACUAAAUCUUGUUCUGCUCAUGUCAGUGAAUCUUAGAUGAAAAGCUGUCAAGGUUGAAUUCUACUCAGGAUGCUUAAAUGGCAAUAGUGACAAUUUGAUUAUGGAUUAUUGGUUGAUCAUGAUUCUUGUCCAUUUCAGGCUAGUCAGACUGCAUUUGGAGUAUUGCAUCCAGGGGUUGGUUCUACUUACCUUUACUACUGGUUCACAAUAGAGCUGCGCGCAUGCGCAGAAGCUUCCUGAUGACAUCUGGGUCAGUGGGCGGAGCCUCCCGCCGGUUUUACUACCGGUUCUUAUGAACUGGUCCAAACUGGGGGCAACCCACCACUGAUUGCAUCCAGCUCCUUUCUAGAAGGACAAUGACAAACUAGGAGAACAACCAAGAUUAUGAGGGAUCAGGAAGGAAAAAGUAUAACAAAUGGUUGGCAGUACUGAGUAUAUUUAGCCUGAAGAUGAGAAAACUAUGGAAAGACAGGAUAAGCUGCCUUCAGUUAUCUGAAGGACAGUCAUAGGCAGCAUUGCUUAGAGGUGUUCCAGAAGAUUGGACAAGAAACAACAAAAUUAAAUUAUAAGAAAGUACAUUUGUGCCAAAUAACCAGAAAAAUCACUAUGGAGAUCUCAGUCAUGCUUAUCCCAAAGGUGCUCUUUAAAAAAAAAUCGCUUCUCAUCCAAGAAACUUCUUCAGAACUUGGAUGAGAAGUGAAAUGUCUUCAAUGUCUUCAACAAAGUCCAGUUGCCUUUUGAAAAAAGCACCUUUGGGACAUGAAGAAAAAAUCUUAAUAGGAUCUGUUUGACAACAGGCUACCUUGGGAGUAUUGGACUAUUUAAGUGGAAAAUUCAGAACCUUAAAAAGAGACACAAUUGCCUUCUGGCAAAGGUGCUGAAGGAAUUGAUUCUGGAUUGGAUGAUUUUCAAGAUCCUUUCUAAUUCUUAUAUUCUACGAUUCUUUGAUGCAGUAUUAAUAACACAAUUGUAAAGUGUUGUUGUUUUAUUGCUAUUUAGAUUUUAAUGAAUCAGGCAGACGGUAGUUGCUUUUAGUGUUUGAUUACAAUAAAAAUGAAAAAUACAUAUCCUUAAGAAAUUAUCUCUCAGAUUCUCAAAUUAAAUAUAUUGUGUUUUAAGUUCUUUUCUUCAUUAUGAUGAUUAUAUAUCAAGCAUUUGUCUGUGAAUUUAUUCAGAAGGGUGCUGAAUAUGGACCUAGUGUAUGAGAAAGUGAAGAAUUAAAAUAAUACUGGAAAACCUGUUGGAAUUCAUGUUUAGUUUUUAGAGUUGAAUCAAUGCAAAUUAAAUCACUUAUAAUAUUAAUAUUAAUCAUAACAUUUAAAUCUCAUCUAUUUCAUUGAGGAAACCCUAACCCUCUGUUUGUGAGAAUGCCUAUGUGACUGCAACAGGCUAAAGAUCCAUAUGUAAAAAUCCAAAUGUCUGCCAAAUAAGUAAGAAUAAUUCUACCAAUUUGCUGACAUCUAGGGGUCAAUCAGGAUUUUUGCAGCCUGGAUCUGAUCAUUUAACCCCUGGAUUUGGGGGAGGGGGGAAUCAUUACUGUGAAAUGCACAGCAUGCUUUACAAAUGAUAUUCAGUACUGUGAAAAUUAGAUAUAUCUAUAUAAUAAAUUAUAUUAUGUAUAUGUUGCAUAAAUGAAUAAAUAAAUGUGGUUACAGUAUUGCUAUUUAUAAAAUAUACUUUAAUGAAACAAAUCUCAGGUUGAUAUAAUACAAUCAUCAAGUCCAUCUUCUUAAAUCAUUAUGUGUUAAUUGUAGAGCUCAAUGUUUCUGAAUUUCUCAUUUAAAUAUAUAGUAGAUUCCUUUAUAUGCUAAAGUGUUAAAGUAGCAUUUAAUUGGAGUGAAAAUAAAACCUGCUAAGUUCUUUCGCUGUAUUAAAAAAAGGAAUGAAAAACAACUAUUUUUUUUUUUAAAUCAAGGUUAUAAAGUAUUUUGGAAUGCAUGUAAACAACAAACUGG